AUGUCAGCGGCCUUGUGCAUUGCAGCAGCUUUCUUUGUUCUCAUCAUUGCACGUUGGGUUUACAACUGGAGAAAUCCCAUAUGCAAGGGAGUACUCCCUCCUGGUUCUAUGGGAUGGCCACUUCUAGGCGAAACUCUUAAAUUUUUUUCUCCCAGCACUACUUUCGAUGUUCAUCCCUUCGUCAAGGAGAGAAUGAAGAGGCACGGUCCAAUAUUUCGCACUAGUUUGGUUGGACGGCCUAUUAUAGUAUCUACAGACUCAGAUCUUAACUACUACAUCUUUCAGCAAGAGGGACAAUUGUUUCAAAGUUGGUACCCUGACACUUUCACUGAGAUCUUUGGAAGGCAGAAUGUAGGUUCAUUACAUGGUUUCAUGUAUAAGUACCUUAAGAACAUGGUGCUGAACCUGUUUGGUCCUGAAGCCCUUAAAAAAAUGCUCCCUGAUGUCGAACAAGCAGCAACUAGAAAAUUAAAGAGGUGGUCGAGCCAGAAAUCUGUUGACAUGAAGGAAGCAACAGCAAGUUUGAUAUUUGAUCUGACUACAAAAAAAUUAAUCAGUCAUGACCCAGAGAAGUCCUCAGAGAAUCUAAGGGAAAACUUUGUAGCUUUCAUCCAGGGUUUAAUCUCUUUCCCUGUAGAUAUUCCUGGAACAGCCUAUCAUAAGUGCUUACAGGGAAGAAAGAAGGCAAUGAAGAUGCUGAAGUCCAUGUUGGAAGAAAGAAGAGCAAAGCCAAGAGCGCACCAAAGUGAUUUCUUUGAUUACGUCCUCCAAGAACUUGGGAGGAAGGAUACAAUUCUUACAGAGCCUAUCGCUCUAGAUUUGAUGUUUGUGCUACUCUUUGCCAGCUUUGAGACUACAUCCCUGGCACUGACUUUAGCCGUAAAAUUGCUGGCAGAGCACCCCGUGGCAUUAAAAGAAUUAACGGAAGAACAUGAAGCAAUAGUUAGGAAGAGGGAAAAUCCAGAUUCUGCACUUACAUGGAGUGAAUAUAAGUCAAUGACUUUUACAUUUCAGAUUAUCAAUGAAACAGUCAGGCUGGCAAAUAUAGUUCCUGGAAUAUUCAGAAAAGCACUACAAGAUGUCAAUUUCAAAGGUUAUACCAUUCCUGCUGGUUGGGGCGUUAUGGUCUGUCCUCCAGCUGUGCACCUUAAUCCUUCCAGAUAUAGAGAUCCCCUUGAAUUCAACCCAUGGAGAUGGGAGGGGUUUGAAUUGAAUGGUGCAACUAGAAACUUCAUGGCAUUUGGAGGAGGCAUGAGAUUUUGUGUUGGAACAGAGUUCACUAAGGUGCAAAUGGCUGUCUUUCUGCACUGUUUGGUGACUAAGUACAUGUGGCAAGGAAUCAAGGGAGGAGAUAUUCUACGAACUCCUGGUUUACAGUUUCCAAAUGGUUACCAUGUCCAGCUUUCUGAAAAAUUCAAACCAACAGAGAAACCGACAACAUAUGUGAAACGAUGA